UGGGCCAAUCAGUGCGGCGCUGCUAGCUGGCCCUGACGUCUGCGUCACGCGGGGUGGACGCUACCCAAGCUUUCACGCCCUGGGCGCACUUCCGGUCACAGUGGCGGCGUGACGUCAGGUGGAGGAGAGGUGAGCACUGCUCUUCGGACACUUCCUACCCUGGCAAGAGGCUCUCCUGAGCCAGCACUACCCAACCCUCACCGCCUGUGGCCCCUUUCCAGACUCCGAGGAGGGCAGCAUUAGGCCAUUUUCCGAGUGACCCCCUUGAGGACGAGGACCAGUAACAGCUCCCAAGAUGGGUGAAAGGAAAGGCGUCAACAAGUACUACCCUCCGGACUUCAACCCAGAAAAGCAUGGCUCUCUCAACCGAUACCACAACAGCCAUCCCCUCCGGGAGCGGGCUCGGAAGCUGUCACAAGGCAUCCUCAUCAUCCGGUUCGAGAUGCCAUAUAACAUCUGGUGUGAUGGCUGUCAGAACCACAUCGGCAUGGGAGUUCGUUACAAUGCAGAAAAGAAAAAAGUGGGCAAUUACUACACCACCCCUAUCUACAGGUUCCGGAUGAAAUGCCACCUGUGCGUCAACUACAUCGAGAUGCAGACGGAUCCUGCCAACUGCGACUAUGUGAUCGUGAGCGGUGCGCAGCGCAAGGAGGAGCGCUGGGAUAUGGAAGACAAUGAGCAGGUGCUGCCCACAGAGCAUGAGAAGAAGCAGAAGCUGGAGACAGAUGCCAUGUUCCGCCUAGAGCAUGGCGAGGCAGACCGCAGCUCGCUCCGAAAGGCCAUGCCCACGCUGAGCAACCUCCAGGAGGCCCAGAGUGCCUGGAAAGACGACUUCGCGCUGAACAGCAUGCUGCGCAAGCGCUUCCGGGAGAAGAAGAAGGCUGCCCAAGAGGAGGAGGAGCGGGAUCAGGCGCUGCAGGCCAAGGCCUGCCUGGCCAUCCCGCUGGUGCCUGAGACUGAGGAUGACCGAAGGCUGGCUGCCCUCCUCAAGUUCCACACACUGGACUCCUACGAGGCCAAGCAGAAGCUAAAGCGCACAGAAAUCAUCAGCCGGUCCUGGUUCCCCGCCCUCCCAGGGCCCGGCGCCAGCAGCAGCAAGGCCAGCAGCAUGCUGAAGAAGCUGGCCCAGGGCCGCAGGGCAGGACCCCCCACCUGUGCCCCCAUCACAGUGGGCGACCUGGGCAUUGUGCGGCGGCGGUCUCGGGACAUCCCAGGGAGCCCCCAGCACACCACCGAUCCCCUCACAACCUGGGAGCUGCAAAGGCCACAGGGGAACCCCCAGAAUGGAUCUGCAUCUCCCGAGGACUGCCCUCAAGAUACAGCUGAGAGCCCCAAGACCAGCCCGCCUUGGGAACAGGAGGGGUGCAGCCAGGAUGAACCCUGGCCCCCUGCAGGCAGCUCCCAGGAAACAGACAGCCCGAACCCUGGCUGCUCCUCACUGGUGGCUGACUACUCAGACUCAGAGAGCAGUGAGUGAAGGGCUUGGACCAUACACAGGUGUCACUUCCAGGAGGCUCACCUGCCUCCAGCCUCCCCGCACCGCACCUUCCCAAAGCCUCACAGUUAUUUAUGGUCUGCGCCUGGGCACCUGUCCCUUGUGGGACCCCGACAACCCAACAUUAAAGCCCUGUUUUUUGCCCCUG